UUCCUCCUGCGUCCAAUGUCAUGUGGUGUUUUGCAUGGAGGCAGAGGCUUAGCAUUAGCACUUGGCAGCAAAUUCUGUCGGCUGUAGAAUUCUGAUAAGCCUCCAAACUUUGGUUGGAGAUGAUGGGCAGUAGGACAAGCACGCUUGCGGCUGGUGUCUGCGGGGCCUUGGUCAUCGGAUACUGUAUUUAUUUUGACAGAAAACGACGGAGUGAUCCAAACUUUAAGAAAAGACUGCUUGAACGAAGGAAGAAUCAGAAAGUUGCCAAAGCAAAGACUGGACUUGCCAAGCUUCCUGAUUUGAAGGAUGCUGAAGCAGUGCAGAAGUUCUUCCUGGAGGAGAUCCAGCUGGGAGAGGAACUCCUGGCCCAAGGAGAUUAUGAGAAAGGUGUGGAUCACCUGACCAAUGCCAUUGCAGUGUGUGGGCAGCCUCAGCAGCUUCUGCAGGUGCUGCAGCAGACCCUGCCUCCCCCCGUCUUCCAGAUGCUCCUCACUAAACUCCCCACUAUCAGCCAGCGGAUAGUGAGUGCUCAGAGUUUGGCAGAAGAUGACAUUGAGUGAGAAUUGAAAUGUGAAGUGUGUGUGUGAGUGUGUGAGUGAGAGAGGUGGGACAAAAACAAGAUGGCUGCCCUUGACCUUGCCCUGCCUCCUGUUCCCACUACUUCUGUGGCACUGGCAGCGGUGCAGAUGGCACAGUGCCGCAAGGCCAAGAGGCUGCUCUCUGAUGCGACCAGAGACAUUGAGAUUUCCAUGUCUUUUUUUUUGUUGUUUGUUUGUUUGUUUGUUUGUUUUUUGGUCAUGCAAUUCUAUUGUCUUCGAGAUUUUGGCGAAGAAAUGUAUUUGGCACUUAUGUCUGUUUCUGUGUGUUUUAGUUUUUUCUUUUGUACGCAAAUGGGGUACACAAAAAUCAAUCACCCUAUAAUAUUGGGGACAUUUGAUGACCUUGUCAUAAUCGAAGCAAACACUCUGAAAGCAGAAGCCUUGAUGAACUGACACAUGGGAGGCCAUGUCUCAUUUCCUACCGUGAUCUUCACAAGUGUAUUCCGUAGCCUGCUAUACAGUCAUAGCAACAAGUGUCAUGCUCAGCACACCAGUUUAAUUGAUUUAUCAUUAAUGUAGCAGUUCUUGUUCAUCCAAAUACAGUGCAUUCUUAGCAAAGACAGUUUUUUGGAAACUACCUAUGAGUUGCUUUAGGCCAUAUUGGGUUAAUGUCCAAAACCCAAUUGACGGUAGAAGCUAGGCUACUGACAUUUUGUGAUGCAUUUUAAUCUUAAGACACGGCAAUGUCAACAGUACCAAUAAAACACAUUGGCUUAGGUGAA